AUGGGCGUCUCCACUGCCACGGGCGCCUACGCGCUCGUGCUCGUCGUCGCGUUCCUGUGCGGCUACGCGCUCGGCGCUCGGCAUGGUCCUGCCUUCCGUCAGGGCGCUGCAAAAAAAGUGGGACCCGCCCCAGCCCCGGCCCCUCCUGUCCGUGCAGCGUGCACCCCACCGCCACUGCCAACACACGCACCAGGAAGCCAAGAAGACCAUGAGGCGGUCCUCCGUUGGGCUAAUCACACCUAUGGCAUAAAUAUUAGGCAAGCAACAUUAUUUGCACUGAUGUGCUCGCUCGAGUGGAAAGGCUAA